UACAUAUUACCUGUACAGGCAAAAUUACCGGGCGUGGCUCCCACAGAGCCUCUCAUUAUUAGUUACUAGUUUGUCGCUGUCACAGGUUUUUGUAAUGCUGGCUGCCUAGCUAAAGUGGUGGAGAAUGGCGGACACUGACAGAGAUUUGUCUGCACCUGGGAGCCAAUGCGUCUGUCAACAAAUCGAUGUCUAUAACCUCAGACGCUACGUAAACAGCGAAAACAAGUUGAUCGGUACGUUUUGUACUAAAUGUAAGACAGAGAAUCUAACAAAGGAAUAUGUAGUGCGCGUCAAAGACGAUGAGGAUACAAAGGAGUAUGGUGAAAUGCAAGAGAUGAUAUCAAGGCCUCUCCCAAACCUUAGUGAGAUCAAGGCAUUCCAAGUUCGAAGUUCCAAAACAAAAGUUGACCUGACACAUUUUGCUGACAUACUUAAGCCAGGCGACCAAAUCUCCUGGCACAGACGGUACUUCUUCUGGCACCACGCCAUUGUCUCAGAAGUUAUUGCUGAGACGAGCGAGUUAAUGCUGAUUCACUGGAACAAGGAGGACGGCCGCAUCAAAAUCAUCCGUAGCCGUUACAACGUGGACCCGAAUGAAAAUAAACUGUUUAACAAGAUGUACCGUAUUGACUAUUCAGAGGAAAUUACAAAGGCCAAUGACCAAGAACUGGUGUUGGCGAGAGCACGGUCCAGGAUCGGUGAUACGGGGUAUUUUCCCUUCACUGACGACUGUGAAACUUUUGCAACUUAUUGCAAAACGGGCGUUGAAAAGUCACACCAGCUAGCUUGGCUUAAAGGAAAAUGUAAAGAGAUCGUCGGACAAAAUAUCAUUCUGGCUGCCAAGUCAAUUACCAAAGGCACAUGCUUAAUUGUACAACAUACAGUUUCUGUCGCGAAACAAAUCAUACCAAGUGUAAUACAAGAUACGUCUAUGGCUGCUGGGAAAAUCUUCUCAGCAGAAGGAAUCGAACACGCUAUGAAAGGAAGUAACUUUGUUGGUGCUGGAAUUGUGAUAGUACUAGAAGCAGGAUUUGUUACUUGGGAUUUGAAUCAGGCGUACAAAGAGAGAAAAAAGGGAAAUACAUCCAGGAACGAUUUCAUCGAAACUGCCAUCCGACGGUUAGUGGAGGGUGUGUUGAGUGCUGGGUUGUCUAUUCUAUGCUCCCUAGGUCCGGAACUCAUCGGGAUCGCUGUGGGAUCACCACUAGGUCCGGUGGGUAUCAUCAUUGGUGGUAUCGUAGGAGGGAUCAUAGGCGGUGUAGUGGGAAAAAUGGCUGGCACUGCCCUUGGAAGUGUGCUCGGCAAGGCGAUUUCCUCCACAUUCAAAGCCGAUGAUAGAGCGGUGACCAGUAUCGCCGACCUAAAAUAUGGUGAUCACAUAGUAGGUUAUGGCUGGGUACUACAUCCGCGCUGCCACGCCAUCGUGGUGGAUCACAACGGGGUUGACAAAAUCAAAGUGAUCCGUAACAGUUAUAAACGUGGUGUUGUGGAAGAGUGUAUACCGUUCUCGAAGCCGCUGUUCAAGGUUGAGUACCAACAGGGAACAUGCAAAGAUCCGGAGAAAGUCGUGGAAAUGGCUAGGUCGAAACUAGGGGAAAAUCAGUAUAGUCUGGCUAUCUACAACUGUAAAACGUUUGCGAGGCAGUGCAAGUCCAGCUUACAUGUAGAACCGGAAGAGGAGCCAUGGCAACUGAUAGAGUACGAUGACAUACCCGAUGAGGCACUGCAACAGCCUUGUGGCACGGGGAAUAUCAGUCCCCAGUGAGAUAGAUUUAUCGUGAUUAAGGUAAAGAGUGAUUAAAUCAGGGAGUAUAGGACCAACAAUUAAAAAAACAAAACAGUAUGAACUUUUUUCCCCGUGGUUCAUUUGUAACAGUAUUUUUUUAUUUAAAGCAAAACCUUUUAAAGACUGUAUUCCAUUAACAUUAUCACUUGUUGUCUCCCUUUUACUGUCUUCACUGCUUGGUUUGAAUCAAAGGCUCAUUGAGUUAGACUUAUCUGUUACAGGCGGACUUAGAAAAACUGCAUUUAUAUGUAAAGUGGUUUCAUUUCAAGUUUCGUGAAGAAAAAUGGAAAUAUAAUAUAAUAUUGUUUUAAAUUUACAUUAUUGUCUCUAUCAUCUAAAAGAUAAUGACCAAUGUACAUUUGUAUACAUAUAUUCCUGAUAUUGAUGAACGUGAUCAUUUUAUAUUUUUUCAAGUUUCAUAGUAAUUAAAUGUACAUUUUUAUUAUCUGGU